AUGCAUCAACGACCACGGCCGGCGUCUCGGCCGGCCUCGGAGGCGUCUAAUCCUGCACUCUCGGCGGACGGGAGACCGCUCACCGAGAAACAGGUCCAGGACCAGAUCACCAAGCUCAACCAGAUCGUGCAGAACUACCACACGAAAGCGGCGCUGAUAAUACUGCAUUCGAGGACGGUUCUACGGCCAAUCUACAAGGAUGGGAUUAAGAGGGUGAACAAAUGGUUCAACGUCGAGGUAGACGACACAGACGCCCUGCGAGAAGACCUCACCCAAUGGCGAGUCUGCACCGCUACCGACAGGCGGCCCGAACCCCUCGUCAUCGAAACGUACAUUGAUACCUCCCAGCUCACAAACUACCAGGACUUGGUCAUCCUCGACGACUGCAACAAACGAUGGGACGUGCUUGAAGCUCUGUCCAAUAUUCCCGGAGGACCGGAGAAGCGGAAGGGUGCGAAGAACGAUGUCAUCCUGGAAAGAUGGUUUAUCGAACUAGGCCCAUCCGCCUCGGCUCUGCCACGGGAUAUGACGCACAUUCUACCGACCACAUACAAGAAAUGCAUCAUUACCUUCCGGUCCCUAUUCGCUUACUCUAAGUUCCUGCCGGCGUGGAAGUUCUCCAAGCGUCAGUCAAAGGUCACCACCAGUCCCGUUCUACGGCUACAGCAUCGUAUACUGCCGGCCAGUAAGUCUCUACAUGGAAGUCGAUCGGAUACCCUGACCAUCCCCCUUCAUGAUGGCGGCGGCGAUGUGGUGGAAAACUACUCCUUUGGAGUGACCGAGUCUCCUGCCGGCCCGCUCUCAAUCAGAGUGACGUAUCGGACAAACUGUGAGUUCCGUGUCGACGAUUCGGAAACGCUUCUUAGCUCUCGGUUCAUGGGUGCAGACGAUGACCUCUUCCGUCCUUCCUUGCCUACAGAGGACGACAACAACCACCAUCGGUCCCAGAAUGCAGACGUUGGCUCUUUGCCCGCUAGGCAUCGGACAUCGAAUAAUCCGGACCUCAGCCAGGCAUAUGGCAGCAUGUCUACCUUUCAUCGGGCCGACCCAGGCGUCAAGGGUAGCCCCAUUUCUGCCUUGCGUGCGGCUAGAGAGCUGGGCGGUGGUUCGCCUUCUCCGCCAACAUUCAUGCCAUCGCCAAAACUCGGCCAUGCUCGACUUGCUUCGCUUUCCGGUGAAGAUGCGCAGGCGCCACAGAGAAGACCGUCGGUAUCAUACCAGCCCUUCAAGGCGCCGUCACUAUCUGCUUCGCCGGCUCUAAGUGCAACCCGUAGUCCAUCAAGUAGGGAGCCGGUCAAUAUGAAUGUCAACCAAAACCAGCUCAACCACCCUGCACCUUUACCAAGGACAAUUCCCAACUCUUCCGCCCGCCCUCGCUCAGCACACAUUCUACCUGACCAAGCGGUCUUCUCGUCAAUGUCUGCCUCGCCUAAGCAAACUCCUAUAUCACGGUAUAGCAGCUCCUUUAGUCAUCGACGUGGACGCCUAUCCACUGGUGGCGGAAGCAAGACCGAAGAAGAUAACAACUCGAGUGGCAAAGCUAGUAUUAGCUCCUCUUCAGCUGCCGCAGCUGGACAGCGGAACUCGACGUCGGGUGUUUUUCCUGUCAUCGAUGCAGACGAAGAUAAUAUCUCUGACUUCCUAAAGCUGCUGGACCAGAGGAAGGAUCUACUCUCGCAUGGCCCUGACAGCUCAACGUUCGAUUCCUCGAGCAAGCGGACUACGACAGCUGCGCUGUCAAGGUUCCAGAGGAUGAAGGAUGCCAAUACCGCCUUGUCGGACUCAAUGACUUCUUCUCUCCUCCUCCAUCGAUCAGCUACCUCAUCAUCGUCAAGUAAACAGCUCCCACCGGCCGCAACGAGCAAUCCCAACCCCAUAGCCACCUCUGUACCAAACGCCAUACCCAGCGGCGUGUCGGGCUCUAUAUCCUCUUCCCCAGGCAAAGCCAUCUCCCCACAUACACCCCACACUCCCGCCAUCCCAUCCCGGCUCAGCUCAAACAGUGUAAUUGAAUAUCCCAACCCCAAUGAACCCGGACAUAUCACUACCACUACUACCCGUUCCCGUCGUGCACCACGUCACGGCUCGCCGCUGGGUGAAACUCAGGAACCUGAACCCGAAUCUGAAGCUGGACCUGAAUCACAAACGACCACCACUGCAAAUGCGAUCGAUAUACCGCUACCCGCUUCCCCGCAUCAUCGUCACCAUCGUAGUGCCGCAUUUAUCCCUAACUUCCGUCGCUCUAGUUCUGCUGCUCAGCAUCGUACCAGCACCACAGCGAACUCCAACAACACCGCAACCGGGGAUGAAGAUGGGCCUGAUUUCCUGCCUUUCCCUACCACAACUAGGAGUAUCAGUCUAGGCGCACAGGAUAGGUCGCCACCAUCAAUCAGCGAGCUGUUGCAGACCGCCAGCCCGGAUCCAGAGAAUCAGCCUCCACCAUCCUCCUCAGUCAACAGGCGCGGGAACGAGGAUAUCUGCCCCCAACCAGAUCGGGACGGCGAUAGUGACAGUGUAAAGGAAAGAUCAACCUCCGGCUAUCAGCCUCGGUUCGCUCAGCGACACGACCGAGAUACACAAGCACAUACGUCCUCGCACACGCACGCACGACGGGCUAGCAUGAGACGAUUCAGCACCACUCGCUCACCGUGGGGAGCUAGUAACACAAAUCCUGCAUCUAACCCCCAUAGCAGUGGCAAUAUGGACGAAGACGAACCACUUUUAUUCACCAUGUCCGAUUUCGGAGUCGGUGCCAGCCAACGUGCCACCACUGGCGGCAAUACCCUAGAGUCGAGAAACAGGCGUCGAGACCGAGAUCGAGAUCGAGAAGGCGAUGGCGGCGGGUCUGGUUCUGGUGGUGGGAAUCCCUGCUCAUUUCAUCCGUGGGAUUAA